AUGGCCAAUAAAAAAAAUAUGCUAAAGCGUAAGCGAUCAACUAAAAAUAUGGUUUCCAAGACUCUUGCACAAAGACGAUUAAAAAAACCGAGUGACUCACUCACUCCAUCACAUACACAUGCGUUAUGUACAGAAAUCAAUGAUAAUAAUGCCAAUCUUGAUUUGAAAGGUCCUCUAGUUGGUCGACGAAUUGUAGAUAUUGCAUUUUUCAUCAAACAAAUACAAGUAAGGCAUAAAGGACCAUUUGGAUGCUCAUUUAUUGACAUGGAAUUUCAAUCAGAAGUGAUACAUGGCUUUUAUUCGAUAUUUGUUUUUAAAUGUAAAGUAUGUUGUAUUGAAUCUAAAUUAUACUUGGAAAAUAUUCAACAAAAUCAGUACAUGUUAAUUAAUAAAGCUGUAGUAAACACAUGUCAGUCCAUAGCCAAAGCUGUAAACGAAGUAGCAUGGGACGAAAUUAAAAAAUCUGGAGAAGAAGAACGCAAACUUGCCAUACAAUAUGGAGAUAUUGAUAUUGACGGUGUACCGAUGAUUACAGUGGUAGCUGAUGGACAAUGGUCGAAACGCAGCUAUAAAACCAAAUAUGACGCGUUAUCUGGAGUA